CUGGCCAUCAUGAAUCGUCCAGCUCCAGUCGAACUGUGCCACAAGAACAUGAGAUUCCUUAUCACACACAACCCCACAGACAGCACGCUCAGUUCCUUCAUGGAGGACCUGAAGCGAUAUGGUGCCACCACUGUGGUUCGAGUCUGUAAUGCCACUUACGACAAAACUCCACUUGAGAAAGAUGGUAUAACUGUAGUGGACUGGCCCUUUGACGAUGGAGCCCCGCCCCCCAGUAAGCUUGUUGAUGAUUGGUUAAGUCUGCUGAAGAAGAGGUUUCAGGAAGAUCCAGGAUGCUGUGUGGCUGUCCACUGUGUGGCUGGACUGGGAAGGGCUCCUGUGCUGGUUGCUCUGGCUCUAAUAGAAAGCGGGAUGAAGUAUGAAGAUGCCAUUCAUCUAAUCAGGCAGAAACGUCGUGGAGCCAUCAACAGUAAACAACUGACUUACCUGGAGAAAUAUCGAUCCAAGCAGAGACUCCGCUUCAAAGAUGGAAUCUAUUAA